AUCCCGUUCUCACUCUCCUUCCUUUUCCACAACCCAAUACACCAAACCGCGUCUACACACAUCCCUCUUCCUUCUUCUUCACACAUACAACUCACACCACACACACACCAACACCAUGAAACAACCCCUUCAAUGGCGGACCUCAUCUUCUCUCUCCUCUCUCUAACCCUCUCUCUCCUCCUCCUCACCCCUUCCAUUUCCUCACUCCCAACAGUCUCCAUCUCCCACAUCACCCCAAACCAAACCCUCAUCUGCGCCUUAACCAAAUCCCAAAACCAAACCCAAACCCACCUCAACUGCACCACCAACGGAACCCCAUCAGCUCCAUUAACUGACAGCACCCGGUUUCAGCUAGUCGGUAUCGUGGGCGGAUACCGCUUCGUUUGCGGAGUAAGCUCACCAUCAACCUUGACGCUUACUUCGUUUCUUGUUUGCUGGAGGUUUCCAGCAAACGGAAACGGAACUGUGGUCUACAAGAGACUCUACCUUGGUUCGGCCUUUAGAGAAAUUGAUUCCGGUGAUUCACAUGUUUGUGGGAUUGUUGGUACCACUAACCAGCUCAUUUGCUGGCAGUGGGAUCAGUUUAAUGAUGAUUUUGUACUCAACCAGACACGGUUUAGCUCGGAUGUUUCCGUUGGAAACAAUUUCGUAUGUGGGUUGUCUGAUGUUGGACAAAUAGUGUGUGCUGGAGGUAACAAUAUUGGCAAUGUUCCGGCUGGGAGUCAUAAUGCUCUCUCUGUUGGAUAUAACCGUGGUUGUUCGGUUAAUUCGGGUAAUGGGAGCUUGGAUUGUUGGGGGGAGAGUAUGAAUAUGUUUGGGAAACCGGAUGGUGUGUUUAAAUCGGUUUCGGUCGGUGAUAAUCGGUUUUGUGCGAUUAGAGGUAAUGGAACUGUUGUCUGUUGGGGCGAAAAUGGUUUCCAGUUGCCCGAAUAUCUGCAGCGUGUUCCGUUUGAGGGGUUGCAGGUGAAUCGCGGUGUUUUUUGUGGGAUUUUGACUUCGAAUUAUUCGUUAUAUUGUUGGGGGAAUGAGUCUUUGAGUUCGUUUGUAUUCGCGGAUGUGGUUCCUGGUUUAUGUACAACAAAUUGUUCGUGUGGUCCGAUCCCGAACUAUGCGACAUUUUGCACGGGCGAGUUGAUGAUUUGUAAGCCGUGUGAAUACAAUCAACCUCCGCCUCCACCGGAGUCAGUAGCAUCGCCAACACCACCAGUAGACCGAAAUGCUGGUUGGAGUGACAAAAUGGUGGCAUUUGUGGUGGUCGGGUCAGUAGGUUCAUUGUCAUUUUUGGUAGUUAUAUGCUUUCUAAUCUUUAGAUUUUGCAAAUCGAGUGGCGGUAGUCGAGUUCACGAUUCUGGACCGAUGGAAGAUGACCAAAUCGCUUCACAGAUUCAAUCCGCGAAUCGUGUUCUUGUGAAGAAAUUAAGUCACUUAAUCAGUAUGGGAACUGGGGGUCAUUUGGAAGAAUUCACAUUACAAACGAUCAUUAACGCAACGAAUAAUUUCUCCGAAGAUAACCGAAUAGGAGUUGGAAGUUUCGGUUCGGUCUACCACGGGUCACUUGCCAAUGGUCGAAAAGUAGCGGUUAAGCGAGCUGAAUUAACAAGCUCGUCAUCGUAUCCUGGUGGCAAGCAUAAACAGCAAGAAGACACGGACAACGCGUUUGUAAACGAGCUCGAGUUUUUAUCGCGGGUUAAUCACAAAAACUUGGUCCGGUUACUCGGGUUUUGUGAGGAAGAAACCGAACUUGUUUUAGUAUACGAGUAUAUGGAAAACGGUAGCCUUCACAGCCAUCUACACAGUUUAUACAGCUCGUAUAUAAUGUCGUGGCCCGCACGGAUCAAAGUCGCUCUGGAUGCGGCUCGUGGGCUUGAGUAUCUUCACAUCUACGCUGACCCGCCGAUCAUACACCGUGAUAUCAAGUCAUCAAAUAUAUUGCUUGAUGACGAAUGGACGGGAAAGGUGUCAGAUUUUGGGUUAUCGUUGUUGGGCCCACCAGACAACACGUCACACCUUUCAUUACGUGCCGCAGGCACGGUUGGUUACAUGGACCCUGAGUACUAUAAGUUUGAGCAGUUAACUGCUAAAAGCGACGUUUAUAGUUUUGGAGUGGUGUUACUAGAACUUUUGUCAGGGCAUCGCGCGAUUCAUAAAAAUGAAUCUGGAGAGAGAAGGAAUGUGGUUGACUCGGUUGUACCGUACAUUGUGCAUGAUGACAUACACCGGAUUUUGGACCCUAAAGUCCCUCCUCCAACACCGUUCGAAAUAGAAGCUGUAAAAUAUGUUGGAUAUCUAGCGGUUGAUUGUGUAACUUUUGAGGGAAAAUGUCGUCCGACGAUGAGUGAAGUUGUUAUGUGCUUAGAGAGGGCGUUGUCGGCUUGUCUAGCGAUCCCGUCUUUCUCUCAUAGCUCGAAUAGUUCGGGGUGACCGAUAUCGAUUUAAGUAAUUGUAAAGAUUAUUAUACAAAUCUUGUUGUAUACAUUGCUUAGAUUGUAGAUGGUUUUUACAUUGUUGAUAUGAUUAUUUUACAUUUUUUUUGUAAUAAUAUUCAUUGUUUUAUGAA